CGUGUAGCCGCUCGACAGAGUCCAUCCGACGAUCGACUCUUACAGUUUUUCCGCGAUUUUUUCAACGUGACAAUGGGACUCGUCUCGACCGGCGUGAUUUUCGCGUUCGUCGCGAACGCGGUGCUACUCGCCGCCGCGGCUAAAGACGGUUCCGGCAGAAUCUUUACAAUCUGCGUCCCCAGCGUGUAUUGGAAGGACUGCGCGAACAUGAUCAAAGACUCGGCCGUCAAAGGAAUCCCUGUAUCAUGCGUCGUCGGUCGCGAUCGUUACGAAUGCAUCGAGAAGGUCGGUAGGAAGGAAGCCGACGUGGUAGCCGUCGACCCGGAGGACAUGUACCUAGCGGCGAAGAACGAGCUAGCCUCCAGCGCAGGGUACAGCGUCGUCGAGCAGAUAAGAACGAAGGAGGAACCGAUGGCUCCGUACCGGUACGAGGCCGUAGCGGUGAUCCACAAGGACCUGAAGAUAGACAACGUGCAAGGAUUGCGAGGGUUGAAAUCGUGUCACACGGGCGUGGGUCGUAACGUAGGCUACAAGAUACCGAUCACGAAACUGACCGCGAUGGGCGUACUGCAGAAUUUGCACGAUCCGGAGUACUCGGCGCGCGAGAACGAGUUACGAGCAUUGAGUUCUCUCUUCUCGAAGGGAUGCUUGGUCGGAAAGUGGUCCCAGGAUCCGGCGAUCAAUCGCAGACUGAAGGAAACGUAUUCGAACAUGUGCGCUCUAUGUGAGAAGCCCGACGUCUGCGACUACCCAGAUAUCUACUCCGGGUAUGAAGGAGCGUUACGAUGUCUCGCGCAUAACGGAGGCGAAGUCGCCUGGACGAAAGUGAUCUACGUGAAACGAUUCUUCGGACUGCCCGUCGGAGUGUCGCCAGCGGUUCCGAGCACGGAGAACCCAGCCGAUUUCCGAUACUUCUGCCCCGAUGGUACCAAGGUACCGAUUGACGCGACCACGAAACCGUGCACCUGGGCUGCCAGGCCUUGGCAAGGAUACAUGACCAACGAAGCCGUGAAGGACGUGGAGGCGGUUCAAAAGGAAUUAACGGAUCUGGGAAAACUGGGCGAAGAGGAGAAGGCGGAUUGGUGGAAGGACAUCAUGCUAUUAGACGAGAAGACUCUGGCUGUUGCUGCACCGCCAAUCCUCCCAGAAAAUCAUCUGAUAAACUCGAAGUACUUGGACGUGAUCGAAAGGGACUCCGGUGCCGUUGGCAAGAAAGCGCGUUGGUGCGUCUGGAGCCAAGAAGCUCUCGAGAAGUGUCAAGUCAUAUCGAGAGCAGCCUUCUCGAGAGAGGUGAGACCGAAGUUGGAAUGUCUAUUGCAAAAGAACAAGGAGAGCUGCUUGCAAUCUAUCAAGGACGGAGACGCGGACUUGGCCGUCAUCGAGGGGGGCUCGGUUCUCCGCGCGAAUCAAGAAUUGAACACGACGCCGAUAGUCGCGGAAUCGUACGGGCCGGGAUCAACCAGUCUCAGCGAGAGGCCAGCGGUGGCGGUUAUUAAGAAGUCCUCUUCGAUGAACAAACUAGAGGAUCUGAGAGGAAAGAAGUCCUGCCACAGUGGAUACAAGGGAGACUUCGCCGGUUGGUUGGCGCCGGUGUACAUCCUGAAGAAAAAGGGUUUGAUCAACUCGGAAAACGAUUUGGAGACUCUUUUCUCGGGAUCGUGCGCCCCUGGAGCUCCAGUGGACUCGAAACUGUGCCAGCAAUGCGUUGGAAGCAUCGCGGCUAACGACGAUCGGGUCCGAGCCGCGACCAAAUGUAAGCCGAACGAGGCGGAGGCCUACAGAGGCGGAGAGGGAGCCCUCGCCUGUUUGCUAGCCGGGAAGGGAGACGUCGCGUUCCUCCCGAUGCCCGCGUUGGCGAACCUCUCUGAACCGGCGAAAUCUGAACUGCAGCUGCUCUGCCCGGACGGCGGUGUGGCGAAGAUCGACGAGUGGCAAAGAUGUAAUUUGGGUCUGGAACCACCGAGAGUGAUCGUCAGCUCUGGCGCUAAAACCGCGAACGCUUUGGAAGAGCUUACGCACGGCGCGUUGGCCGCCAGCAGCUUCUUCUCGAAGAAGCCCGAUAUCCUGAACCUGUUCGGCGAAUGGAGCGGCCGUACCAACGUUCUCUUCAGGGACGGCGUGAAGAAUUUCGUGUCCGUGGACAAGUCCUGGGACAAGUGGAACGCAUGGCAGGACACGCAGAAUAAUUACGGAAUCUAAACCGCCGAUUUUCAGAGCCAGAUAAGCUUUAGUUAAAAGAAGCUUUUUCUCGAGAUUUUUUACUUGGAACAAUAACGAAGCAAUAAACGUUCUCGCAGCUUUA